AUGGCCACGAGCGACGGCAACGACGAGGUGGUGACGCUCAGACCGAUGGGACAGCGACUCACGUUCUUCGACCUGCCUACAGAGACACAGCGCGAAAUCAUCUCUCACUGCUCCCAGAGCGAUCUGAUAUGCCUCGCCCUCGUCUCGCGUCGCUUUCACGAACUUGCCUCGGCUCAGCUGUACAGGAACUUUCACAUCAUCUUCCCCGACGAUGAUGACCUCAACUUCGAUUCCCCCAUCGAUGGUCUAGCUGGCGGACUCGAUACGUUCACCACUAGCAACUACGACUAUGCCAAACACCUGAGGGAUCUGUCCAUGGACACGCUCAGCGCUGGCGUUAAGGGCGAGUGCUGUUACCAGUCCUACCUGUACAGUGCUAGUUGCGGAAAAAUUGCAUCCCUGAAGAAACUGCAUGUGCGGAUGCAGGCAGGGGAUUCAUACUAUGUCCAACCGCCACCGCUGCCCGUCUCCAUUGACCCUCAUCCCCAGCCGGAGCCGACGAACCACUGGGGAAGCAUCCCGCCGCUCGCCCUGCUGUCUCCCCAACCCCCGGGACCUGCGCCGCCGGUUGUCAGCGGGCCCCCGCCUGCUCUGCUCCCGCCGUCGUACAAGUCGGCAUCGAAGAGCAAAGCAGGGAAACGCGUGACUGGGGCCAAGGAACCCUCCACCUUUUCGGGCUUCAAGAACCUCCAGAGUCUGAGUGUUUUGGAUAUUGAGAAUCUCGACAUUGUGGGCGAGCUGAACGCCUGCAUCCGGAACUCGAGCUCGACACUUACCGAGCUGCAACUCUCCUUUUCAGAUAGUCUGGCGAAUCGGGCGCGUAAGCAGCCGCCUGAUUCCGACGCAGACGAUUCCGAUGUCGACGACGACUUCCAGGUCCUUCCCGCCUCGCAGCAGAACAACUCUGGCAGCGCCUUCGACAACAAAACUAACCGCGUGCUCGAGGAGCGCAGACUUCAAGAAUCAGUGCUUGCUCGGAUAUUCCAGCCUUUUCCUCUCGCGCCCACGGCAGAGAGCGACGAGCCUAUCCAGGAGACUGAAGAGAAGGAGGAGCAGGGAGAGGCUGUGCCGACAAACGUCAGGGAAGCAUUCAUUGCGUCUAUCAAGAGCGUCUCGAGCAAACUCAUGACCAUCACGGGAGGAUCUCCCGGCUCCACCGCUGCAGCGCAGGAUAUGCUUGAUACCAUUGCCAAGGCUGCUCGGCAUUACGUAGAAUCUGUGGAGUCCUCGGCCCAGCCCAGCGUCCAGCCGAGUCACGCAAACGAGGGCGAGACAAGCUCGACCGGCGCUGGAGAAGAGUCCAACGCCAGGGCAGAUGAAGCUACGUUAUCCGGCGCGGCCUCGACUAGCAAACUGACAAAGAGAAAAGACAGCGAGACCUCCCCCGAAGAUAUCGACAUUGCUCAUCUCGAAGCUGUCGAUGAUGUCUUUGGAGAGUCGGACGAGUCAAAUCCGUCGGAUGGCGCCGAGGUCAAGGCCGUUGAAGGAUAUGCCUCCGAGACGGACCCUUACCAGCCUGGCAGCUCCACCGGCUCUACUACUCCUACUCCUGCAGCCGAAGCGUCUGAAAAGGCGCCCAGGGAAACAGAGGUCCAUGACAGCCACAAAGCUGACAUUGCUGGUCAAUCUUCUGUGCCAAAAGUCAACAUUGAGAACCUUUUGACUAAACUCGGCUACUUCCGAGAUCUGACUGAGGCUGUGGGGCAGAAGAUCCAGGAUUUGCGUUCAGGAGGCUCGUCCUUGGGCUAUGCACAGAUCAAGGACGCUGACGCUCAGCUCAGGGGCUUCAGUGCCAUGCUCGCGGACGUCCAAAACGAGAUCCAGGUUAUUCAGGAGGAGAUGGACGAAGCGGAGCGGCGCGCAGCGAGCAGCAACUCCAACAGUAUGAGGGAUUAUGUCCGUCUCACAAGAGGUCUGAUGCUCACGUCUCUGAGCAUCUAUCUUGUGCCGGUCAAGGCAUCCGUCUUGUCCCAGACGAUCAAUCUAUCGUCUCUCCGACAGCUGACGCUCCUCAACGUCGGCGACCAAACGGCCAUUUGGGCUUCCCUCACCAAGGCAAACAGGGUGCGGCCGCUGCCUUUGAGGAACAUUUUCACCGACCAUGUGACGAACCAGUUCCUCGCCUUUGCCUCCCAGCUCGAGGAAAUCCACGACCUCUUCCUGCUGGAGCGCAGCCCCAAGAGCAAGCCCGAGAGCACUGCGUUGCCAGGCUUCACCACCAUGGACCAGAUUCGUCGUCUCGUACUCAAGAAGCACAUUGGCAAGCUCAAGCGACUCAUGAUCAAGGACGAAGCCAGCAGCAGCCGCUGGGAUUGCAACGAGAAGGCCAUGAUUCUCAUCUGCACGCAAGGGCGGAACCUCGAAGAGUUGGCACUGAGCAUGAACAUUCAGGCCGUGCACAUAUUUAUGCAAUACUUUUCGGGUCUCGUCAAGCUCCGAGCCAUCAACAUUCUCCACUUCCGUAAUAACGAUACGUGCAUCUGGGUUGUUCGAGAGGUUCUGAGGUUCAUCGUCGACAACUUGUCCCACUACCCCGAGCUCAAGCUGGAGUGGAUUGCCAUGGAGGACGACCGGGUCGAUCGCGUCAUCCGGCCGUCAGACGAGUCCAACGAGGCGCCGGACGAGCAGAGCAACGACAAACGGGCCAAGGGCAAGAGCAAGGGCAAGGCUCUGACGACGGCCACCCCCGGCCUCCACAACGUGCUGCAGCCUCUGUCGCUGGACGGCCUGGACUCGGAAAGCGACAGCGAUGACGAAGCGCUCAACGGAGGGUCACGGCUUCGAUAUAAGACGGUCGGACCGCUGCAGUUCUACGACGUUUGGGGGGUCAAGAUUUUCGAAAAGGAGAUUCGCAGUGGGAGGCUGUGA